AUACCUGGGGGCGCGCGGCCUCGUGGUCGACCCACUCCUGGCUGGCUUCCGCGACGGCGUGUCGGGGACCGAGUUCGUGGUCCACGAAGGAGAGCGCCCGGCCGUCCGGGCGGACACAGUGGGAGGCUGGUCCGCCCAGCGGGCGGCGGCCAUCGGAGCGAUCCCGCCCCCGGCGUCUUCUGCGCCGGCCCUCCCGACCCUGCCGCUGCCGCCGGUGGCGGCCGCGGGCCCGCCGCCCAAGUCCUUUGACGCCUGGGGGCCCCUCGUCAAGUCGUAUAACGACAAGCUCCUCGACGGCAAGCCCAGGUCUUUCCCCACGAGGCGCCUGGCGGGGGCGGACACGGUGCUCGCCAGGAUAUAUCACGAGCACACCGUCACCAAGUCCUACACGCCGCUCUUGCUAGGCGAGAUCCUGGCCGCCAGGACUUGGACUUCAGGAGACGAGCUCAACCGCCUGGCGGUGCCUCAGAAGGAGACCGGCUCCCUGCACAUCGUCGGGGGCAACCUGGUUGCGACGGACGACAAGAAGCCGUGGGAACCCCGCGGUGUCAUGUCGGUGCUGGACGGACUCGAGGCAGUUCGCCUGGCGUGGAUCCUCACCACGGUCGGCGACGAGGGCGACGUCCGGGCCCGCGCGGCUCACAUUGAGAACAUAGUCGCCUACUGGACGUCGACGGCGACGACUUUGGCCAUGGAGCUGCGCCAGCGGCGCACCUUCAAGGAGGUCACCGCCGACAUCAUGGCGGAUACCUCGGCCUGGUUGGAAGCCAUGGCCACGCCGCCGCCCCGCCCCGAGCCCAAGAAGCCCGCCAGGCCACAGCCGCCGCCCAAGGCCGAGCCGGACCAGGGGGCGGACUGGACCCCGCCGACCCCGAAGUGGCAGCGCACGGGGAAGGGGAAGAAGGGGCAGAAGGGCCAAAAGGGCGGCAAGAAGGGAGUCAAGGGCGGCGGCAAAGGUCAGGAGCGCCAGCGCCGCCAGGAAGAGCAGCGCCGCGACCAAGCCUGGGACGGCGGCCGGGGCGAGAAGAAGCGCACCUACGCGAAUCAAUGGCUCAGGCCAAAUCGCCCGGAGGGGCGGUCCAUCAUCGUCCUCUCCGCCUUCGACGGCAUCGGCGCGGCCCAUUGGUUGGUGGCCAAGUCCUUCGGGCGGCCUCUCCUGGCGGUAUGGGUGGAACACAGGGGCGACCUCACAUGGGACUCGCCUGUGGCCGACCUGGUCCUGGACGCCGACCCUGACGCCUCCGCCCUUGUCGUUUGGUGCGCGGCGCCCCCGUGCCAGGACUUUUCCCGGAUCGGCCAGGGGGCUGGCCACCACGGCGAGAGGGGCAAGCUCUUCCAGGACGUCGUGGAGUUCAUGCACCAGCUCCGCGCCAGGUUGCCCAGGCACCGCUUCGGCUUCCUCUAUGAAAACGUCGACAUGGACCAGGCGGCCGCCAAUCAAGGUUCCCGGCAGACCCCGACGACGGGACGCCGCUGGAGUGGGCCAAGAAAGGCCGGGGAACGCCUUCGCCUCGCGUCCGCGGACACCUUCGACCUGGGCCUGGACAUUUCACCCGUCCGUGGCGACGGGCCGGCGCCUCUUGCCAUGCGCCACCACGCCGGCACCCACAGAGGAAGGCCGGCCGAAGCCAAGGGCGACCAGAGGGAAGACGUCCAAGGACACGGACGCCAGGUGGAGCGACGGUGGGCGUCAGUACGCCCCAUGGCACUACCAGCUAGAGGCCAUGCUUCAGGACAGCCAAGGCGUUCUCCAGUUCUCCACCUGCCCACGGCCGAGAUUAAGGAGCAGCUGCACGGCAUCCCCGUCGGCUACGCGUCGCAGGCGUUGGCUGACCACAGGACGCGCCGCCGCAUGAUUGGAAACGGCUGGCACUGGGCAGUGGCCGGCCGCCUCCCGGCUUCGUCGUCCUCUCCGCUUGGGCGGCGCCACUGGCAGAGGCUUGGGCGGGCCGGCCGUGCAUGGGACUUCGCUCCCCCGCCCCGACCCUCACCGCCCGUUCUGGGCGAGGGGCUGGACAGCCGGGUCUGGGGGCGGUCAUUGACCUCCGAAGUCGGUGGACACGAGCUUUGCCGCAUUCGCCGAGAGAUCGUCGCAGAGCUCCUAGCGAUGGUGGAGGAGCGAGAGGACGACACGCGGGCAUGGCUCCAGGAGCUGCCCGCCCACGUCAGGGCGACCUAUACUACGUCGGACCGCCCUCGGCCCUUCCAGGGGCCUAUCUUCCUGGAGCUGCUCAACGACCUGCGCUUGGGCUUUGACAUGCUGGGCCCGGUCCGCCACGCGCCAGGAUGGAAGCCGCGCGCCGACGGGCGCUAUGCUAACCCCUCUGGCCUGGACCGUUUGCGUCAGGACAACCCGGCUUACGUCGCGGCCAAAUGCUCUAGAGGGCGGGCGGGCGUCCACACGGACGCCCUCCUGGAGGAACUGGUCCGGGAGGCCCGCCUCGGCCGGGUCGUCGGCCCUUGCGCUGCCCUCGACCAUUGGUCAGUGGCGACGGCGGCGCUGCCCUGGAUGGCCGAUAUCUUCGCCGGCCGCCAUUGGGCGACUGCUUCGCCGCCCUGUCCUUCGCCAUCUGCCAGCUCGACGAGAACGGUGACCUUAAGCUGCGCCGGGGCGAAGAUUGGCGACGCUCAGGCCACAACGCCGCCAUGCGCGCGGAGGAUGUGCCCACCCACCACUUCCUGGGCGACAUCGUGGACUUCGUCCUGGCCGCCUGGUGCGAAGGAUGGGACCCUAGGGUCUUCGGACACGACCUUCAGAAUGCCUAUCGCCAGUGGGCGGUGCGGUGCCCCGGUCAUUGUGGGACGUUCCUCCCCACCGGGCGUCACGCUAUGGUUCCACUACGCCAUGUGCUUCGGCGCGGCGGCGAGCGUCUGGAACUUUAACAGGGCAGCCGACGCCGUCCAGAUGCUCGGUGAUCCUGGGCCACUUCGUCGACGACUUCAAUGGCGCCGAGGGCGUCCAGCUUCACAUCGGGGCGGAAGGGGUCCGACGGAGGAGCGCCGGAAGAAGAUCCUGGCACAGAUCGACGAGGCGCUGGGGUCGGUUAGCCUAUCGCCCGACGCGGCAUCCCGGCUGGCUGGGCGCCUCACCUUCCUGUCGCAGUCCACCUUUGGCUGCACGGGGCGGGCCGCCAUCAAGCCCCUCUAUCCUGGGCGACCACGUCUUCUACGACUUCGGCGUCAUCAAGCCCGAGCUCCUCCAGCCGUUCGCCGCCAGGAAGGCCUUCAUCUACGUCCUGGAGAUCCUCGCCCACAGGUCCUCCCCCUGGUCGUCUUCGCCCGCCGCCUGCCCCCUCACUGGAUUGCCUUCAUCGACAACGUCGCCGGGCAGUUCGCCCUCAUGAAGGGCUACGGGAAGGACCCGGCGGUCAACGGCAUUUUGGCCUCCUUCUGA